AACAGGUAUAAAAGGCAUUGUGAUUAUCUGUAUAGUCAAGAGCGUUUUGUGACCGAUUGUUAUCGGAGAGAUUUGGUGCUAAUUUCUAGGACCCCAACAAACAUAAAAACGGACAGUGACCUUUUGUACACAAACCGUUACACCAUCGUGUAAGCAUGAUUCUGACCCGAGUGUGUUUGUUUUUUACUUUUAUCCAACUUGGAGCCCCCCAAAAUGAAGAACCCAGUCAUUGGCUUAGAUUGGCAGAGGAUGAACUGGAAACUGCGCUAAGAAGAACAGCUAACACAAACAGAGCGAAGAAUGUGAUUCUGUUUAUAGGGGACGGUAUGGGGCUGACCACCGUCACGGCGGCCCGGAUAUACAAAGGUCAGCUCAACGGACAGCCAGGGGAGGAAAGUGUCCUGGAGUUCGAGAAGUUUCCAAAUGUCGGCUUAUCCAAAACGUACCUGCCCGACAGACAAGUGGCGGAUUCAGCCGCCACAGCCACAGCGAUGCUGACCGGUGUCAAGACAAACUGGUACAAUGUGGGGGUGACGGGGAAAGCCAAAUUUGGGGACUGCAAUUUUCCCAAAGAAGCCGAGAUAGACACCAUUUUUCGCCAGUCAGAAAUGGAAGGGAAAUCUACUGGAAUUGUUACAACUUCUAGAAUAACGCACGCCACGCCUGCUGCAGCUUACGCCAAAGUCCCUCAGCGUUACUGGGAGACGGACGCCGACUUACUACGAUAUAACGUAACGGGGCGCUGUACAGAUAUAGCGCGACAACUCAUCUACGAUAACAACGAAAUUGAUGUGAUUUUUGGAGGCGGUAGACGAGCAUUUUUCCCUAAUACAACGAGAGACCCGGAAACAAACUCUAGCAAUUUGCGAAAAGACGGUCUGAAUUUGAUUCGGGAAUGGAGGACCAUUAUGGAGGAUACUGGUCAGAGUUAUAAGUAUGUGGAGAACACAGAAGAGUUCCAGUCUGUCGACCCCUCUGUCACGGAUAAAGUUCUGGGAUUGUUCGAUAGUAGCAAUAUGCCGUACGAGCUGAACCGAAAUAAUGGACCGGAUGGAGAUCCCUCUCUUCAGGAAAUGACGAAAAAGGCCAUCGAAAUCUUGCAGAAGAACGAGAAUGGGUUCUUUUUGCUAGUUGAAAGUGCCAGAAUCGAUCACGGACAUCAUGACAGUAAAGCUAAGAUUGCUCUAACGGAGACGAUUAUGUUGGACAAAUCUGUAAAGGUGGCGGCGGAAAUGACGAGUUCAGAGGACACACUUAUCAUCGUAACAGCCGACCAUUCUCACGUGUUCAACAUCGCGGGGUAUCCAAAACGAGGCAAUGAUAUCCUAGGUGUCGUCAAGCCCAUUCCCAGAGCUUGGUUCCCCGCAGACAACAAAGCCUUCACCACCCUACUGUACGCUAAUGGACCCGGAGGUAUCCUACCCAACAAACCAAGGCAUGACCCCGACAAAGUGGACACAACUGCUGAUAACUACGUACAGACAAGCGCCGUGCAUUUGGAGGUAGAGACGCAUGGAGGCGAGGAUGUUCCCGUCUAUGCACGUGGUCCCUGGUCACACCUUAUACACGGCGUGCACGAGCAACAUUACAUCUAUCACGUGAUGUCACUAGCUUCGUGUGUGGGUACACAAAAGACAAAGUGUCCCAAAUCUGUAAAUGCUGGGAAGACUGACACAACGAAUCGCAUCACAGUAUUGAGUCUUGUGACAGUUUUAUGUUAUCUGAUCAACUCAUUAUGAUAUCAUCUUUAUGUAGAUUUGUAAAAUCAUUUUCUUUCUGUUUGAAUGUAUUAAAUGUGGCGCAUUCCUUUUCAUAUGGGAAAGUUAAAGUUGUAAAAUAAGUAUCUCGUUGAGACUUCGCAAUAUACCUGGUAAUUAAUAUAGAUUCACUUUAAUAUCCAAGACCUCUAAAUUUGAAAUAACCCCCCUCCAAGAAAUAUUUCUAAAAUUUGUUGUUGUUUUAUUUUAAGAUUUCAAACUUACCAUA